AGCAAUCGUCUUUGAGAUUCUGGCUGUACAAAUAUGAACAACCUGAGGGAGCUCUGAAAGUUAUACCAUUUGAUUCAAAUGUAAACACAAUCCGGUUCGAACUACAUAGCCCUGGUGAUAAUAAUUCUAAAAAAUGUGCCCUGAACGAUAUUGAAGAGCUCAGCCACGAAGACUUUAGACAGUGGAAUUCCGUGUUGGAAUAUAUAGAUGAUCCUGGAUUAGUUGGCCAUAGUGUCCAUGAUCGAUAUGAAGGGAUGUUAACAUUUAAA